AUGGCUGUGUCCAUUGCUGCCAUGGUGGUACUGCCAGGAGUUUUGUUUGGUGUCCGGGAGGGUGGCAAAAUGCAGUUGGCUCUUACUGGAAUGGUCCAACAAAUUAAUCUAAUCAAGGAGGGGAAUGCUUUACAUGCUAGACCUGCAAACAAGGACAUGUGUCUGGGGAGUAUAGAAGAAAAAGGAUUGAAGGUGAUAGUCACAAAGAUGGAUUACAUACGGAGAACCUUGAGGUCAGUGGAGUCCAUGAUGGUUCCAAACAAGAUGGCAAAUGAAAGAAAGUUGUACAGGAGCAGCAGAAGAAAAAUCAAUGGAAAUAGUUCAAACAGAAAAUAUGUGGCAUUAAGAUCAAAGGACAGAGACCACUUUGGAAAGGACGCAUCCAACAAUCAGAAUGAUAAUCUAGGUUCAGAACCGUCAAAUGGUGUGAAGGAAAAGCAAGGCAAUAAGAGCCCUAGUGUUUUGAUAUGUGAAGGACAAAGAAAAAACCAAAUUGAGCAUAUGGCUGGAAUUCCAGUAGUUGCAGUUCCAAGAGUGGGAAGCAUUGAGGUAGUAACUAUAGCUAAGAAGACAGAUGAAUUUAAUGAACAUGCGAAUCUGGAGAAGAGAAAGGAAGAGUCUCAUGAAUAA